AUCCUUUGAAGUUUGCUCCUUCACUUCUCCAAGCCUCGCCCCGGCGUAUGCGGACAGCUGUCAAAACGUCAAGCUCUGCAACCGAGCCUCGUAAUAAUCCCGCAUCAUGGGGAUAAUCCUGCUUCGGGCCUGAAGACUUGACCCCAACAACCAAUUAUCUGAGGUCGCAAACAGAAACCGUGUGGGGGCCAAGGGACAUUGAAUUCAGUGUCGCAUGAAUUUUUGCACCAACAUAACCCCUGCAAUUCCGACCAAAUUUCCAGCUUUGCGCUAUUGUCCAUAAAACUAAUCCGAAAACGCUAUUGCUAGAAGCGCGGCUAAUCCAAGAGCCUCCAGAUUUGCUUUCGCGCUUGUAAACCAAUAGAUUCGCACAGCUCACUGCUCUCCUUCAAACCACAAGGCUGAACUCGUCGUAUCGUAGCCUUCUCUACAUAGAUGUGCAUCUCGAUAUUUCUUAAGAGCAUUCCGAAUUGAGCAGCACAGCGCUUAUGUCGUACGAUGUCCGGGAAACGCUCUCGUGCGACUUACGAAGCCGACCUACAGGCUCAGCAAUCUCCAUUCGUUACUUUCGGAACUCCUCUCCCUCCCCUGGAUCCAGAUGUACGAGAUGAUGGGUCUUAUGUGCCAGUAUGGAAGCAGGAAGUUAGAGACGAGAGGGGAUUGAAGCGUCUCCAUGGCGCAUUCACCGGAGGAUUCAGUGCAGGAUAUUACAAUACCGUUGGCUCUAAAGAGGGAUGGACACCAUCGACCUUCGUCUCUUCACGCACGAAUCGAAAGAAAGAUGGUCCAAAAACGGCCCAGCAACGACCGGAAGAUUUUAUGGAUGAAGAGGACAUCGCAGAUGCCGAAGAAGGGCGGAGAGUGGAAACCACGCAAGGAUUUGCUGGCUUGGGCUCUACUGAAGACGAUGCUGUCCGACGAGGAGCAUUCAUUGAUUUAUUUCGGGUUGAUGGCGAAACAGUUGGAGUCAAGUUGCUGAGGAAGAUGGGUUGGAAAGAGGGGCAAGGCAUUGGACCCAAAGUUCGACGAAAAGCUCGUCUCGAUGGAGUUGAAGAUAAUGCUGCUGAGAUGCACCUCUUUGCUCCAGAAGAUACAAGUAUGAUAAGCUUUGUAAAGAAGAACGAUCACAAAGGAUUGGGAUUCGAUGGGGAGACAAAAUUGUCUUCGUUACAAGGGACAGGCUCUGACGAUGUCAAGUCAGAGGAUGAAGAAGAAGAUGGCAGAUUAUCGUUAGCCCCGAAACCUACAAAGAAGAAGAAGGUCAAAGUGGGCGGGAUAGGGAUUGGUAUUCUGAACGAUACUGGCUCAGACGAUGAGGACCCUUACGAAAUCGGUCCUCGAAUAUCCUACAAUCGCGUCAUAGGAGGAGACAAGAAGAAGAAGAAGCCUAUCAGUGGGGCUGUGAACCCACUGUUGAAGUCAAAACCUAUCUUCAUCUCAAAGAAGACCGCAAUGGCAAAGGCAGCUGCGGGAUUCCGGAAAUGUCACGAUGGCCGGUUACCAUUAGAUGGGUUCAUCUUGAGCAGCAUUGAUGAAUUCUCUUCUGUCCUGCAAUCUGCGACUAAUUACGCCCCUCCCAAGAUACCAGAAGGAUGGAAGUCUUCGAAACAACCUAGAGCUGGUACUCAACAGGCGGCAUUUCUAUCGACAUCAGAUGCAGCUAAAGCGUCAAAACUUGAUCCAAAGUCUCGAGCUUCUAUCCUCGGUGAAGCAGCUCUUCCAGGGAAAUCUGUCUUCGAUUUCCUGUCUCCAGCUGCACGAAAUAAAAUAGCAGCAGCUUCAGGAAAAGACAAUCUGCCCGCAGCUCUUGGCGAGGUUCCCGAAGGCUACAGCAUGACCGAAGAAGAGCGCCAAAAAGAGUUCCUUUCACAGAUCCCCAAAGUGGACAAAUACACCGCCGACGCAGCACUCAGCCGUGGAGCCAGCGGCUUCAUGCCAUACGGCGAAGACGAAGCGAAACGAAACCGCUACCGAGCAUACCUCGAGAACCAAGCAGGCAUAAGUCCCACCUUACCCGAAAAGCCCCCCAGAGUAUCAAGGAUAGACUGGUUAAAAGAACUAAAAGAAUUCGCAAACUGUGCUCAAAUCUUCAAACCCAUGUCCGGAAUGAUGGCCACACGCUUCACCUCAUCUUCCACCGCACCGAAACUUGCCUCCGAUGCCCCAGACUCCUCAUCACUCCUCAGUAAACCGGCACCCAAACCAGAAGAUCCUGCUGAACAAGCUGCGAAAUUGGGAAUGUACGGUCCCAUGACGAGGAGUACGAAGGAUUGGUACCCCACUCGCCUCCUAUGCAAAAGAUUCAACGUCAAACCACCCGCGCACGUGCAACCCGGCGCUACGGAACACGACGAGGAGGCUAGUAUUGGACCGAAAAAUUCCGCGCCUGAUCUGGUGUCUAAAAGUGCAUUGGACGAUAUGAUGAAAGAGUCGUUCGAUCAGCAGAAUCGUGGUAGAGCAACACCUGUAGAGGUGGAGGUCGAGAAACCGAAGGAGGUAGCUGUUGUCGUUGUUGAUAAGGAGAGGAAUGAGGCGUUGGAGGGGAAGAGGGCUGGGGAGGCGGUGUUUAAGGCAAUUUUUGGGGAUGAUAGUGAUGAUGAUUAAUGGAGUUUUGCCUAUGUGCAUACAAAAUAUAUCUUAUUCACGUUUUGGGCUGGUUGGCUUUUACCUACUGCUAUGAGGCUUGGCGGUUAGCAUUGUCCAGCGCUAUGUACUGGCCAAGUGGCUUGCUCUGCCACUC